ACGGUCGUCAAGUCAGUGUUUUCAAGACCGGUCAAGAGUGAAGUGCUAAGGCCGAUAAUUACAAGUGCAAACGAAAAGCGUAUGAAUAAUUUCAUCAACGAAUCAUAAUCUAUUUCAUAUUAAAGUGUGACAAUAAAUCUAGAAAAUUGUGCAAUGAAUAAAACAAAGGCUAAUGUGACAAACGAGAUUCCUCGUAAAUUGGAUAAGAUGACGAAAAAAUGCAAGGCACAAUUCAACAUCGACUACGCUUACUUCAAGACUGCAAUGUCAAAGCGUCGAAGAACUGCAGCAACUCGAGAGCUGACAAAAAUAGCUUACUCGAUGCCACACAGCGUGAUAUCAUUAGCGGAGGGUAUGCCAAAUGAAGAAACUUUCCCCAUCGCUGAAAUUUCCCUGAAGUUGGUUGAUGGUACGAGCCUCGUUCUGGAUGGUGAAGAACUUGGGGUUGCACUCCAGUACAUUCCGAGCCAGGGAUAUCCACCGCUUGUUGAGGCGAUGAGGGACUACCAAAAGAAAGUGCAUAACCCUCCCCUGUGGGAGAGUCGAGACGUCGUGGUGGUGUCCGGAAGUCAAGAUGGCCUGAGCAAAGCUUUGGAAGCCAUCAUCGGACCCGGCGAGCCAAUACUCGUGCAAGAUCCCCUCUAUCCCGGAGCUAGUGUCGUUCUUUCGCCGUUGCAAGCCGAGAUGAUUCCCGUCAAGCAAGACAAACUUGGCAUUGACCCGGAGAAUCUCCGAGGGAUCCUGAUAAAGAGGGAGUCGGAAGGAAAAGAGAUGCCGAAGUUGAUGUACAUCAACGCAUCUGGGGCAAAUCCGACGGGCACAGUCAUCCCCUUGGAUAGACGAAGGGAGAUUUACAGAAUUGCUUGCAAAUAUAAUUUUCUCAUUCUUGAUGACGAUCCCUAUCACUUCAUGUGCUUUGACGAGCAGCCAAAGUCUUUUCUAUCCCUCGACACUGAGGGCAGAGUAAUCCGAUUAGACUCCUUCUCGAAAGUCCUGGCUAGUGGCUUGAGAUUGGGCCUAAUCACCGCAGCAACUCCCCUCGUCGCAAGCAUAGAGCUACACAUGCAGAGCAGUCAUCUACAUGCAUCAACGUUAUCACAGGUCCUGUUUUAUAAAAUAUACAAAACCUGGGAAUACAAAGGUUUUAUGGAGCAUUACGCAUUCAUCAGGUCGUUUUACAAAGAGCGACGGGAUAAGAUGAUCGAAUUUGCCCAGAAGCAUCUCAAAGAUUUGGUUGAAUUCGAUGCACCGAGUGGUGGAUUUUUCUUGUGGAUGAAGAUCAAAGGUAUUGAAGACACCUGGAAAAUGGUAAUGCAGAGUGGGGUGAAGAACGGCGUAUUGUUGGCACCGGGUGCUGCAUUCAUGGCAGAUCCUUCGGAGUCUUGCUGCGCCAUCCGUGCUAGUUAUGCCAAAGCUUCAUACGAAGAGAUGGAAUUGGCAAUGGAACGGUUGUCACGGCUCAUAAGGGAAGAGUUGCGAUUGCGGGCCGAUGAUAACACGUAACCAUGGAGUCAUUUGAUCAUCGAUAGAUGAAGAUACUUCUGGGAUAAAUACAAGUGCAGUGAUAACUGCCUGUCAGUAUCUUGACGCAAUCUAGGGGACAUUAGAUGCAGUGACUAUAGAUAAUAUUGUAAUCUUAAGGAAUCAAAGGCUUUUUUAAUGUGCCGGGAAUUACGUCUCGCGUAAUGGAUUUCUUGUACACAAGAAGAGUAAAUGCUCAAUGAGACUAUUUGUUUGAGUUCUCCUGGUAACGCCAGGUGAGAGAGAUGAAAAAAAGUAAAUUUUUUGCAUAUGAAAUAUUCCCGAA